UGUGGCCGGUUCAUCGUCGCUCACCUCGAUGGCCAUUGGAAGCGUCCUGGGCUACUCGCACCGGCGCUGUCACGAAUCGCAACCCGCAACGUUCACAUGAAGCACUCCCAGGAGACUUGGUUGCGCUCCGUGCUAAAGUCUUACUCGGAUCUUGCCGUGGGCGCCCUCGUGGGCAGCCUGGUGAGCGCCUUCCUCAUCGAGCGCUUCGGACCCGUGCGGCCCAUCCAGCUGUCAUCGCUGGGCUUCGUGGGCGGCUGCCUCUGUUUCACGUUGUGCAAGGCCAGCCUACCGUGGAUGUUUCCGGGUCUCGUACUCACCGGCUUCUGCUAUAACUCGUCUCGCUCGCGGUUCCCGUGUUUGUGGCCGAGAUCAGCCCGCCUCACGUUCGCGGCCUCCUGGGCUUCGGCGUGCAGUUGGCCAUCACGCUGGACGUGCUGGUCGCCUUCGUCGACGGCAAGUGGCUCGUCUGGCUGGCCCUCACUCUGCUCUGUACCGUGUGCCCCGUGCUCAUGGCCGUCUCCAUGGAUUCGCCGUCGAGUCCGCCAGCCGGCUGGUGAUACACGGCCGACGCGACAAGGCGCUCGAGGCUCUGCGAUUCCUGCGCGGGCCACAGUUCUGCGCCGAAGCCGAGUGUCUUAUCAACGGGACAUCUUGCUUCGUCAGCGCGCAGGAUCGGUGAAUUCGGCCGCUUAGUGCACAAUUAUGCUGAGCGUGGUGCAAUUAAUCUCGUCGCUCGCAGCAUCGCUGCUCAUACAUCGCGCAGGUCGCCGUGAGAGAUGUCAAGACUGGAGAGUCCGCAGUCUCUCCACCGGAAUCAGCACCGCUUUCUGCUUCUUCUGCGAGUUCCUUAUCACCAAGAAGUUCCGGGACCUUGUCCGCCUAUUUAACAGCCUCUCCUGA